CCUCGAGCGUCGUCUCUACUGCUACUUUCCACCGUGUGUCCCCGUUGCCAGUCCCAACGGCUUGGUGUGUCGCCCUCUCCAUCUCCUAAGGCCUACUAUUUGUCUUCCAGUUUGUGCAUUAUCUGCGGGCAUUUUGAAAGCGGUCCCGCUUCUGCUGGGAGAGACAGCAGUACAUGUAGUCUAGUCGGUCGUUUGGAUUUUCAAACCAAGGUUGGAGCGCUUCGACGGUUUACCACUGCUGUCUGUUGAGCAGAGCAGCCGGCAUGGAACAAGAUCGGCGUUCGUCUGGGCCGAACGAGGAAGCCCGGCUGAUGGUCAGAAUGCGGCAGGCGCACUCCAUGGCCUUGAAAAGAUCGGCGGACAAGUUGACGUCCCACGUCCUACUGAAGCGAGUCCGACCUAUCCAAGGAAAGCUUGGGGAUGCGGAUCCGGCCGCACUCGCCGCGCAGGUGGUUGCACAAGUCAUAGAGAAGUCGGAGGAGUCGUUCGAGAAGCUAUGCCAGCGGAUCCGAGUAAACGAGAAGUUUCUCGCGUUGGAGAGGGCAAGAGAGGAGCACCUGGAGCUGCAGCAGCGGCGGGCUGAUCAGCUCAGACGACAGCAAAACAACAACCUCAGCGACCUGAUCGGAGAAACCACCCCGCUGCCCGGGGGGCGGGAUCCCACGGAGCUCGUAAGAGAGUCUACGAUGAACCUCAAGCGGGCGGAGCGCGCACGGCUGCUGGUGCUGGCGGAGGAGGCGGAGAGAUCGGCGGACGCGGAGGCGGCCAAGGUGGCGGCGGUGGCUGCCGAGCUGGAGGAGUGGUUGGGGCGGGUGGCGGGAACGCAGCAAGCUCUCGCAGAAGCCUGCAGCUCCUUACGGUGACCCAAUGAAGACGAGCGGCUUGGGCGUUUCGCGUUUCGCCCCCCCGGCGUGAUGUGGCUCCUUGUUUAAUCGCGGAGCGGAACCGAAAAAAUAUGCAGAUACGAGAGUAAGGGGGAGAAAGAGAGAGAGUGAGAGAGAGGGGUGGUAAGGGGGAGGGGGGGGGGCGCAGAGAGAGGAACCGAUGCUGCGCGCAGGGAUUGAUUUCUUUGGCGAGAAACGGGCACACCAAAACGGGCAUGAGUGUUUCGGCGCGACGCUCUCUCUCUCUUUCUCUCUAGCACUAGGUAAUAGUGGUCUCGGUCUCGCUCGGUUAAAUCGCGGUUCCCGCGAAAUGGGGCAGUCCUUGUGAUUUGGUCGCAUCGAGAAUCCGGCGAGUGCUCCUAAAUCGAAUGAAAUCGGGUUUUUGGUUCUAUUUCGCUAGCGAAUUGUACAUGUCGCCCCCUCGGAAAGAGCUACAUCGUGGGGGAGAGGGUCCAGAUAAGGGUAAUCUGUAUCAUAGCAAUGUUGUUUGUCGUCCUUGUAACACGUGGGCCGGCGGGCGCCCGCGUUGCUCGCGGAAUGCAUGAAAUUGACCUGUUAACACGUACAUAUAUUCGUAUUUAUUUUAACGUGCUGGAUGCCCCCGUGUUUUGUGCGGUAGUUGAGGGAAUGACUCAGCGCUAGUUUGCGCCAGUUGGUUGGUUCCAGCCAUGAAGGCGAUGGUCGAAGCACCAACAACGCAAGUUACGAUGCCAUUUUUGUUGUAUCGAGUGCUUCUUUUUUCUUCAUUCCUUCGUUAUCCCGGACAGGCUCAGCAUGUUGAUGUGCGUAUUGUUUGCAGCAGUCAUGGCCGUGUCGUCCAUGUCCAGUAGACCGUCCAAGAAGUCGGGUUGCUUUAUAGCUAUUGGCAGGCCUUUCUAGGUCUAAGGGCUUCCAAUUUUACCACAAAUCCGAGAUGCGACAAAAACUGAACACUGGGCAACAGGGAUUGGAGAUUGG